AUGCCUACGCCAUUUCAGCAGAGCGCGUCACGUCUGCGGCCAGUUCAUCUGCUGCGUGCCCUGCUGCGUGAGGCUUCGUACCUGCCCGAUGUGACAGCCCGCACCUACUUCCGCCGCUACAUCGUCAGCCGAUUCAAGGCGUAUCAGCCCAAGCAAAAUGCGACGGCGUCCUUCGACGUCCAGGCCGUUGAGAAGUACAGGCACAGGAGCUUCAAGAGGCGGCAGAUAGCCAUUAUCAAUGAGCGCACACGACCAAUGCUCAGGAAAGGGCAGAAGGGCCUGAACUUCCUGCGCCGGGCCAACCUGGGCGAGAUACCAUGUCUGCAGAAGGUGCUGUUCUUCGCCUAUGGGCGCAUGGGAAGGAGGAAGUACAUCCUGCUGGACAACUUGCUGACGCCAGACCACAUCAUGGACGGCGGCGCACUCGCAGCGCCCGUCGAUCCAGGGCAGGCACCGCUGCAGAAGCUCUAUUACAGCAACAAGCGCUAUCUGCAGUAUUUCGAUGCGCCCAAAGCCGCCUCCAAGACCGAGUAUACCAUCAACAUCUCUAGCCGCUACUCCCGAUUGCGCGCCGUCCUCAAGUCGCAGUACCAGAAGGGUAUCUCCAUACACCGAGGGGUCAAGCGUCCAGCCAUGAAGACGCCCAUCAACAAUGUCUGGGAGCGGCCCAUGCCGAUCAAGCGCGCGGUCAACAACGUCCGACGCUGGUAUGCCGAGACUAUGACGAGAUUACUCCCUCCAUUACCGACCGAAGAGUGGGAUAAUAUACAUGCCAUGGUUGUUGGGCACCGAAAGAUCGAUUUGGUCAGACGGAGAGGCCGCGCUUCAGUAUUGAGUGCUGAGCCAGUCGUAGAAGACGACUUUUUCGCCCGCACAGUAGAAGAAGGUAUCGCUUUAGACAAGCCUAGCAGAGCAGACAUGCCUGCAGGCGUGCAGCGACCGCAUACCAUCAAUCCUAGGUUCAUGAAACGCAUGUAUACAAAACUCCUCAUGCUCUGCUGCAAGGUCGACUACGACGACGAGCAGAAGCGAUGGAAAGCAACCUGGGGCGAACCUAUGAAGUACAUCAAACCCAGCCUCUACAACGUCCCUACAGAUGAAACGCUGUUUGCGGGUGUUGAUGCUACAGGCAAGAUCCCGAAGACGCCCAAGAAGCAUCUGCUGGAGAAAUCACAGCAUGUCCAGCCACGGAAUGCCGAGGGCGAGUACAUGCGUUUUCCCUUCUUUGCCGAACGGCUUCCAGAGGAGCACCCAAUACGCAGGGAAUUGGAUGAGUGGAAGAGGAAACGUGCUGCUGCGAGAGGACAAAAGCGGGAAGUGUCUGCAUUGAGCAACGUUUUGACAAGCACGAUGGCAUCUUCAAGCGCAACAGUUCGCCACGCGACCCGUGAAGGUAGAGUAUCCCCACCUUACCGUAGAAGCCUACUAAAAGCCUGUGCAGAUGUUCCCACCAUCCUAGCCCUUAUCAAGGAGCUGGCGCUCUACGAAAACGCCAGUGACAAGGUUGACUCAACCGAAGAAAUCCUGACACGCACCCUCGCACACUACGAUCCUUCCACAUCGACCUUCUCCGAAGGCUUCGCCCGUACACUCCUCCUGAGCGACCCCGACGGCACGGUAGCAGGCAUGGCUUUAUACUUCUACAACUACAGCACAUGGACAGGCGUGCCAGGCAUCUACUUGGAAGACCUCUUCGUCAAGGAGAGCUACAGGAAGAAGGGCUAUGGCAAAAGACUUCUUAAGGAGCUCGCUGGAGAGGUGCUCAAGGUCGGAGGUAGGAGGCUCGAAUGGAGCUGCCUGGACUGGAAUGAGCCCAGUCUGAAGUUCUACGAGAGCGAGAUCAUAGGGGCGCAAAGGAAGACGGCAUGGGUAGGCUUGCGUGUGGAUGGAGACGCAUUGGAGAAGCUUGCAAAGUCGUAA